AUGCUCGGGUCGGUGCGUCCGCAGGACGAGCUGCAGGAGAUCAUUCUCUACUUGAGAGAUCCGGACCGCUUCACCCGUCUCGGCGCCAAGCUCCCCAAAGGCGUGAUGAUGUCAGGUUCGCCAGGGACUGGCAAGACUCUCCUUGCAAGGGCCAUUGCCGGUGAGGCUGGCGUGCCCUUCCUGCAGGCCUCAGGGAGCGAAUUCGAGGAGAUGUUCGUGGGCGUGGGCGCGCGGCGCAUCAGAGACCUCUUCCAGGAGGCGUGCUCGUGCCUCGCGCGAGCCGCGACGACGGCGCGUCGCGAGUUCCUGCGGCUUCGGUUGCGAACCCCCCGGCGGUGUCCAGCAGUAGUCGGUCGGUACUUAAAGGUUUUGGAAAAUGGUUGGGUUUGUUGA